GUGGGGUACAAAAUGGCGAACAAUAUUUGGAUAAAUUUUUAAAGCAGAAAAUUCGAUAUAUACUCGUACAUGAUGGCUGAUAAUCGAGUCGAUGUAUCUAGUUUGCCUCUGGAGAUCAGGGCAAAGCUAGCGGAGUUGGAUUUAGAAUUGUCAGAGGGUGAUAUAACACAGAAGGGAUAUGAGAAGAAGAAGAGCAAACUCCUCUCUCCUUACAUUGGGAGCCAGGCUGCGGCAGCAUCUGGUCCCACUGAGCCUAGUCCAUCUACUGCUGCAGCACGACGUGCGCAUCGUCGUCUCACCCGUGAGGAUAACAGAUACCACUCUGAGAUCCGCACGGAGGCAGUGAUGCAGGCCUUGGCUCAACACAAGGAGAAAAAGAGUGCGAUGCCCAUGCCCUCAAAGCGUACAUCGGCUGUCGUGAAACGUGACCAACAUAGAAGACGUAGUACACCAGAUUCCUCAUCAGAUGAUGAUAGCGCAUUCGAGAACUCUGACCUUGGUCGGUCUGGGUCGGGUCGCUCCGCUAGCUCAGGUGGUCGUCAUAGCCAUGCCUCUUCCCCCAGUCCAGCGGCAGGGCCCAGUAUGGGGGCAGAUAGGACUCGGUCUCAUAUAUACGCCAAUAUUAACGUCCCAGGAAACCAGGCUAGGAGUGCCCUGGCAGAUGUCAUGCAAAAUACACAUAUAUCCCCAAUCACCCCACCAGAUGUCACUGGUGCAAGGAAAGCAGCGAGCCAACCACCCGACAUAACCAGCAAUACAAGUACACCACAGAUGACACAAGCUGACCGCCAGCGCUACAGCCACGCCCAUGCACAGAGUGUACGCGUCUCCAGCUAUGGGGCUGUCACAGGGAUGGGAGAAGAGGGUCAGUCACGGGGACAUGGAAAGGUUUCAGCUAAAAUACAACAACUUUUAAACACAUUAAAGAGGCCAAAACGAAAACCAGCAAAAGAAUACUUUGUAGAAGAACAUGACGAAACAGAUGUGAUACCUAGUGAUAAGAAUGCACCAAAACCAGAGGGCAAUUCCAUCACUCCUGCAGUUGGGGAACAACUUGUGAUACCGUCGGGAUUACCACGGAAUUUGGAGGCAGCAGUCCAACGCUACGGCUCUGCCACUUACAAAGCAACAGCUGUGACAACACUCGACACCAAUGGGAAACCAAGCAUAACACUUACAUAUGGCAAGCUUAUGAGCAGAUGCCACAAAAUCGCCUACACGCUCUUACACAGAACUGGGCACAAGGGAGAGGGCAACUUACAACCAGGGGAUAGGGUGGCUCUCGUAUACCCUAACAAUGACCCAAUAUCUUACAUGUGUGCCUUCUAUGGAUGCAUCACAGCUGGUAUAGUCCCCGUCCCUAUUGAGGUCCCUCUCACUAAACGGGAUGCUGGUAGUCAAGGUAUUGGCUUCUUACUUGGAAGCCUCAACGUGACUGUCGCUCUCACAUCAGAGGCCUGUAUGAAAGGCCUACCCAAGUCACCAACAGGAGAUGUUUCACAAUUUAAAGGUUGGCCUCGACUGAAAUGGAUGAUUACAGAACACCUCAGUAAACCCCACAAAGACUUCCUCCCACCUUCAAGACUGUCUGAUGAUGCUCCAGCUUAUGUUGAGUAUACAACAGACAGAGAUGGUAGCGUUAUGGGAGUGACAGUAACCAGGUCUCAGAUGUUGUGUCACUGUAGAGCCCUCACAAUUGCGUGCAACUAUACAGAGGGUGAAGUCAUGGUCUGUGUUCUGGACUUCAAAAAAGAUGUCGGACUGUGGCACGGCAUUUUAAGUAGCGUUUUUUGUGGAAUGCAUGUGAUAUUUAUUCCCUACUCUUUAAUGAAGAUUGAUCCUGCCUCAUGGAUGAAAAUGAUUACAAAAUAUAAAGCUUCGGUUGCCAUAGUGAAGUCACGUGACAUGCACUGGGGUCUCCUAGCACAAAAAGAUCACAAAGACAUCAACUUAUCUUCACUACGUAUGUUACUAGUGGCUGAUGGUGCUAAUCCUUGGUCUCUUACAUCAUGUGAUUCAUUUCUGACUGUAUUUCAACAGAAAGGUUUAAAGCCUGAGUCUGUGUGUCCCUGUGCCAGUUGUCCAGAGACACUCACUGUCUCAGUACGCAGACCGGGCCGAAGCAGUAGUAGUGCUACAGGGCGGGGUGUUCUCUCUAUGCAAGGCCUCAGUCAUGGUGUCGUCAGAGUAGACUCAGAAAACAGCCUUACAUCAUUGACGUUACAGGAUUGUGGCCAAGUCAUGCCUGGAGCUGAAAUGGUGGUGAUCAAAAUAGAUGGAGAUCCCAUGUUGUGUAAGACUGAUGAGGUGGGAGAGCUGGCCAUCUCUUCAGGCAGCACUGGUUCUGGUUAUUGGGGCUUACAAGGCAUCACAAACACUGUAUUUAAAAUUCAACCAUUAGGUAGUGAUGGUAAGCCUCUAGGAGAAAAAACGUAUGUGAGGACAGGACUUUUAGGAUUUUUGGGCCCUGGUGGCUUAAUAUUUGUCUGUGGAAGUCGAGAAGGAUUAAUGACAGUCUCCGGUAGGCGUCACAAUACAGAUGACAUCAUAGCAACAGUCUUAGCAGUAGAACCAAUGAAAUUCAUUUAUCGAGGAAGAAUUGCAGUAUUUUCUAUAAAAGUGUUAAAGGAUGAAAGGAUAGUGAUAAUAGCUGAACAAAGGCCUGAGUGUACAGAGGAAGAGAGUUUUCAGUGGAUGAGUAGGGUGCUUCAAGCUGUAGACAGCAUACACCAAACUGGGGUCUACUGUCUGGCUCUUGUGCCUCCCAACUAUCUUCCUAAGACUCCAUUAGGUGGUAUUCAUCUAACAGAGAUUCGAAAGAAGUAUUUAGAAGGGACACUCCACCCAGCUAAUGUCCUGAUGUGUCCACACACUGUUGUUGCCAACUUGCCAAAACCCAGAGAACAUCAUCCAGAUGUGACUCCCUCAGCAGUACAUGUGGGAAAUAUUGUCCAGGGUGUCCGAUUGGCUCAGGCCGCAGGGAGAGAAAUUGGACAAAGUGAUGAGUCUGAUGGGGCUAAAAAGUAUCAAUUUUUGUCUGAGAUAUUACAGUGGAGAGCUCAUACAACACCAGACCACCAACUCUACUCAAUGAUAAAUGCCAAGGGCCAAGUGCAAGCCACAUUGAACUGUGGCCAACUUCACCGCAAAGCGGAGCGUAUAGCAGCAUUAUUACUAGAGAAGGGGAGGUUAAACACGGGAGAGCAUGUGGCUCUCAUAUUCCCACCAGGCAUUGACCUGAUAGCUGCCACAUAUGGAUGCUUAUAUGCAGGUGCUGUUCCAGUGACUGUGCGACCUCCCCAUACACAGAAUAUAUCAACCACUUUGCCAACAGUCCGAAUGAUUGUCGAUGUUAGUAAAUCAGCGGCCAUUUUGUCAAACCAAACAGUUCUCAAGUUAAUCAAGUCAAAGGAGGCGACAGCCAUAGUAGAGCUAAGUAGCUGGCCCACCCUGUUAGAUGCUGAUGAUAAACCCAAAAAGAAGCUGGCCAGUAUAUACAGGGCACCAACCCCAGAGAUGAUCUGCUACCUUGACUUCAGUGUCUCUACCACUGGCAUGCUAGCAGGUGUAAAAAUGUCACAUAUGUCAUCAAGUGCCCUAUGUAGGUCUCAGAAGUUGCAGUGUGAGCUCUACCCCUCAAGAGAUGUUGCCCUCUGUCUGGACCCAUAUUGUGGCCUUGGCUUUGUACUCUGGUGCCUUAGCAGCAUUUACUCAGGCCAUCAUUCCAUACUUAUUGCGCCAUCAGAAGUGGAGAUCAACCCAGCAGUGUGGCUCUCCACUGUCAGUGCAUAUAAAGUGCGAGAUACAUUCUGUUCAUAUGGUGUCAUGGAGCUGUGUUCUAAAGGCUUAGGGACAUCUACUGCUAUGUUGAAGACUAAAGGCGUGAACCUGAACUGUGUGCGAACAUUGUGUGUGAUAGCAGAAGAACGACCCAGAAUACAACUCACUACAUCUUUCUCUAAGCUAUUCUCAAGUCUAGGCCUGUUCCCUCGCUCAGUUAGCACAAGUUUUGGUUGCAGAGUCAAUGUGGGCAUCUGCCUUCAGGGAGCAUCAUGCCCAGACCCUACUGCUGUUUAUGUUGAUAUGAGAGCACUAAGGAAUGACAGAGUGACUCUAGUAGAGAAAGGGAGUCCACACAGCUUAUGUAUAUUGGAGUCUGGAAAGCUUCUGCCUGGUGUUAAAGUGGUCAUAGCCAACCCUGAGACCAAAGGUCAAUGUGCUGAUUCUCACCUUGGAGAAAUCUGGGUGAGCUGUCCACAUAACGCUAGCGGUUAUUUUACCAUAUAUGGUGAGGAGUCGAUCCACGCUGAUCAUUUUGAGUCUCGAUUGACUAUGGGAGACACAGGCAACACAUACGCACGUACAGGGUACCUAGGCUUUGUCCGGAGAACUGAAAUGACACAGUCUGAUGGAGAGAGACACGAUGCCUUGUAUGUGGUAGGAGCUUUGGAUGAAACUGUUAUGUUACGUGGUAUGAGAUACCACCCUAUUGAUGUAGAGACCAGUGUUGUCAGGUGCCAUAGAAAGAUAUGUGAAUCUGCUGUGUUCACAUGGACAAAUUUACUGGUCGUUGUGGUGGAGCUGGAUGGAAAUGAAAAUGAGGCUCUUGAUUUGGUGCCACUAGUAACAAACGUUGUACUCGAAGAUCAUUACCUCAUUGUUGGGGUAGUGGUCGUUGUAGACCCUGGGGUCGUACCAAUAAAUUCCCGUGGUGAAAAGCAACGCAUGCAUUUACGAGAUGGCUUCCUCGCUGACCAUUUGGAUCCAAUAUAUGUAGCUUAUAACAUGUGAUUUCCUUAUUAUCUGUGAGAGAAAUUUACAUAGUUAAAUCCUGGGACAUAGUGCUUCAAGUUGAGUCAUCGGUGUGCAGUUGUCAUCGGUGUGCAGUUGUCAUCGGUGUGCAGUUUGAUAUGUAACUAGUGUAUGGUAGCUUCGUCUCAUUUUGAGCUAGUUAUUUAAUAGUUGAGCUACGCUAAGACUUCAAGCAAGUUUUUGGGAUACAUAGAUGACACCGGCGCUUGUACAUCUACAUGAAGUGUACAACUGAGAUCUCGUUACUGCAAAAACGUUCACUAAUCCUGUGCUUUCGCUUUUCGGUAGAACCAGAAAAUAAUUCUGAUAUCUAAUGAGCGGGAUAAAGUGAACAUGAGGGAAAAAGUACUUGUCUGUGAUGAAAUAAAAAUAUCUUAUAGAUUCAGAAAAUGGAUAUACUUUAUACAAGAGUUUAAAGUUCAUUGAGAGUUGACAGAAAAUUUAAAGAAUUUCACAUGUAUUGUUUUAAAUCAUGUUUUAUGUCUACCACACAUAUGUGUGUUUUGGUGCUGUAUCUAUUAUCCAGAUUAUUUUGAUAUGAAAUACUUUAUAUAUUAUUGACAUGACACUCCAAAUGAAAAUUUCAAUUUUAAAGCAUGACCCACCACAUAGAGAUUUUACUCCUUCAUAAAGCUUUAUAAGCUUCAUUCUUACAUAUGGGGUGUAAAGAUAUAUAGCAUCUUCAAUUCACCAUGUACCAAU